AUGAUCAAGGAGAGGCCCGAGGUCAACGAGGAGGCUCCCCAGGGCGAGAAGCCAGUCGGGAGGACAGAGAUCAAUAUCCACGGCGGCGACACCGCCACCACCGAGACCGUGGUGCCCGACCACAUCGUCUGUUCCCUGUUCAACAUCCUCUUCUUCAACCCCUGCUGCCUGGGCUUCCUGGCGUUCGCCUACUCCGUGAAGUCUAGGGACCAGAGGAUGGUGGGAGACGUGACUGGGGCGCAGAGCUAUGCGGCCAUCGCCAACUGCCUCAACAUCUGGGCCACGAUCCUGGGCAUCCUGAUUACUGUCGGGCUCAUCGUUCUCCUGACUCGGUACCCAGAUCUCUUCAGUGUGAGGAGGUGGGCCCAGCAGAGUGGCGGGGCCGACUAGUCACUGCCGCGGCAGGUGCCACUGCGUCCUCCCCACCCUCACCCCCGCCGGCCCCGCCCAGGCACCCGCCCCUUCCUUCAUCCUGCACCUGUUCAUACACCUGUCAGCAGCUGAGCUCAAUAAAGUGCACCUGUACGUGAC